AUGAGUCGGCCUAAUCGUAUGAGUCGACCGAAUCGUGAUAAUGAAUUAUACCUGCAAUCCGGAGUUGGAACCGAGAAUCUCCCUCCACCUCCGGGUUUCAUGAGCAGCGAUUUCAGCUCCCUCGGAUACUCAAUCCCAUUACCAGCUGCUGUUGCAGGUGGUGCGGCCACUGCUGGGUUCUGUGAGGCUAACCUUAUAGGGCAAGGGGGGUUCGGUUACGUGCACAAGGGUGUCCUACCCGACACCCGUGACGUGGCCAUUAAGAGCCUCAAGACUGGGAGCGGCCAGGGAGACAGAGAGUUCCAGGCCGAGGUUGAAAUCAUCACCCGUGUGCACCACCGUCAUCUUGUAUCCCUCGUUGGUUAUUGCAUUGCCAACCAACAGAGGCUUCUCGUGUACGAGUACGUGCCAAAUAAAACCUUGGACUUCCAUCUUCACGGAAAGGGGCAGCCAGUGAUGAAUUGGGCAACUAGGAUUAAGAUUGCGGUGGGAUCAGCUAAAGGGCUCGCGUACCUACACGAAGAUUGCCAUCCGCGGAUUAUCCAUCGGGAUAUCAAAUCUGCUAACAUUCUUCUUGACUACAACUUCGAAGCCAUGGUUGCUGAUUUCGGUUUGGCUAAACUCACUUCUGAUAAUUACACUCAUGUCUCCACACGUGUCAUGGGAACUUUUGGGUACUUGGCUCCUGAAUACGCAUCAAGUGGCAAACUAACAGAAAAAUCAGAUGUUUUCUCAUUUGGAGUAAUGUUAUUGGAACUUAUAACCGGCCGCCGACCUGUGGAUCCAACUAAUAGGACUAUGGAAGAUAGUUUAGUUGAUUGGGCCAGGCCUCUUUUAUCCAAAGCAAUGGAAGAUGGAAAUUUUAACGAGCUGGCCGACCCACGACUUGAAGGUGACUACAUUGUCCACGAAAUGGCUCAUAUGGUUGCUUGUGCUGCUGCCAGUAUACGGCAUUCAGCAAGACAACGCCCGAAGAUGAGUCAGACUCACCUUAUAAGACUAAUAGGCUACUCCUCCUUCCACCAAUUGGUUUUGGGAUGGAACCCCAUUUGGGCUUCAUAUGGGUUUUUCCCUUCUUUUAUGGUGUCUUUCAUGGUAGUGGGCCAGCACCCUUUUUCUCCCAGUUUCUGUCAUGGUAUCAGAGCAGGUUCUAUCUUGGAUCGUGUGAUGACGUACCCAUUGUUUAUCCCCCACGUACCCGUUUAUGGGAGCCUGUUUGUAGUAGGGCUUGGGGCACCCAGCCCAGUUGAGCUUGGGCUUUCGAAGGACUCACAAGUGAGGGGGCGUGUUAGAAUAUCACUUGUGAGUUGUCCCCCCAGUUUCUGUCAUGGUAUCAGAGUCGGUUCUAUCUUGGAUCGUGUGAUGACGUGCCCAUUGUUUAUCCCCCACGUACCCGUUUAUGGGAGCCUGUUUGUAGUAGGGCUUGGGGCACCCAGCCCAGUUGGGCUUGGGCUUUCGAAGGACUCACAAAUUGCACAUGCGUUGGAAGGAGAGUCAUCCUUGAACGAAGGGAUAAGGCCGGCAUAUAUGAAUGGGUCAGAAGGUGGAUACGACACGAUGGCCUACAAUGCUGACAUGAUGAAGUUCAGGAAGAUGGUAAUAUCAAGCCAAGAAUUCAACAGCAGCGAGUACGGGAACACGAGGGAAUAUCCAUCCUCAGCCAGCGGCCCUGAUAAUUCCAGAGAGAUAUCUGCCAAAACCAACUGUUGA